CCGCGCAGACGCAGGAGCAGCGCCGGCUCGGCCGCUAGUCGGAAACGCCAGCCCCGAGCCGGGGAAGUGGCCGCAGAGGCUGCUCGGUCCCGCUGCCCGCCAGGUCGUGGGCUCCCGCUCCGGGCCCGGGGCCACCGGCUGUGGACUUCAAAAUGAGUGUCCCUGACUACAUGCAGUGUGCUGAGGACCACCAGACGCUGCUCGUGGUGGUCCAGCCUGUGGGCAUCGUCUCCGAGGAGAACUUCUUCAGGAUCUAUAAGAGGAUUUGCUCUGUGAGUCAGAUCAGCGUGAGGGACUCCCAGCGGGUCCUCUACAUCCGCUACAGGCACCACUAUCCACCUGAGAACAACGAGUGGGGCGACUUCCAGACCCACCGCAAAGUCGUGGGCCUCAUCACCAUCACAGACUGCUUCUCGGCCAAGGACUGGCCGCAGACCUUCGAGAAGUUCCACGUGCAGAAGGAGAUCUAUGGCUCCACGCUGUAUGACUCCCGGCUCUUUGUCUUCGGGCUGCAGGGGGAGAUCGUGGAGCAGCCACGCACCGACGUGGCCUUCUACCCCAACUAUGAGGACUGCCAGACAGUGGAGAAGAGAAUCGAGGACUUCAUCGAGUCACUCUUCAUUGUGCUGGAGUCCAAGCGUCUGGACAGAGCCACAGACAAGUCUGGGGAUAAGAUCCCCCUUCUCUGUGUCCCGUUUGAGAAAAAGGAUUUUGUAGGACUGGACACAGACAGCAGACAUUACAAGAAGCGGUGCCAAGGCCGCAUGCGGAAGCACGUGGGGGACCUGUGCCUGCAGGCAGGGAUGCUGCAGGACUCCCUGGUACAUUACCACAUGUCAGUGGAGCUGCUGCGUUCUGUGAAUGACUUUCUGUGGCUUGGAGCUGCCCUGGAAGGAUUGUGUUCAGCUUCUGUCAUCUAUCACUAUCCUGGUGGAACUGGUGGGAAGAGUGGAGCUCGGAGGUUCCAGGGCAGCACACUUCCUGCUGAAGCAGCCAACAGACACCGGCCAGGGGCACAGGAAGUUCUCAUUGAUCCAGGUGCCCUCACCACCAAUGGCAUCAAUCCUGACACCAGUACUGAGAUUGGACGUGCUAAGAACUGCCUUAGCCCUGAAGACAUAAUUGACAAGUAUAAAGAGGCAAUUUCCUAUUACAGCAAGUAUAAGAAUGCAGGAGUGAUUGAGUUGGAAGCAUGCAUCAAGGCCGUACGUGUCCUUGCAAUUCAGAAACGGAGCAUGGAAGCGUCAGAAUUUCUUCAGAAUGCAGUUUACAUUAACCUUCGACAGCUUUCUGAGGAGGAGAAAAUUCAGCGCUACAGCGUCCUCUCCGAGCUCUACGAGCUGAUCGGCUUCCAUCGCAAGUCUGCGUUCUUCAAGCGCGUGGCCGCUAUGCAGUGCGUGGCCCCGAGCAUCGCAGAGCCUGGGUGGAGAGCCUGCUACAAACUCCUCCUGGAAACGCUCCCCGGCUACAGUCUGUCGCUGGAUCCCAAAGAUUUCAGCAGAGGCGCGCACAGAGGCUGGGCUGCGGUCCAGAUGCGUUUGCUCCAUGAACUGGUCUACGCCUCCCGAAGGAUGGGGAACCCAGCCCUCUCUGUCAGACACCUGUCCUUCCUUCUACAGACCAUGCUGGACUUCUUGUCGGAUCAGGAAAAGAAAGAUGUGACCCAAAGCCUAGAGAACUAUACGUCCAAGUGUCCCGGGACCAUGGAACCCAUCGCCCUCCGUGACGGCCUCACCCUGCCGCCCGUGCCCUUCACCAAGCUUCCCAUCGUCAGGCAUGUGAAACUGUUGAAUCUCCCUGCCAGCCUCCGGCCACACAAAAUGAAGAGCUUGCUGGGCCAGAACGUGUCGACCAAAAGUCCCUUCAUCUAUUCACCAAUCAUCGCACACAACCGUGGAGAGGAGCGGAACAAGAAAAUAGAUUUCCAGUGGGUUCAAGGAGAUGUGUGUGAAGUUCAGCUGAUGGUGUACAACCCGAUGCCGUUUGAACUUCGGGUUGAAAACAUGGGGCUGCUCACCAGCGGAGUGGAGUUUGAGUCUCUCCCUGCGGCGCUUUCUCUUCCGGCUGAAUCUGGUCUGUACCCAGUGACGCUCGUCGGGGUCCCGCAGACGACUGGAACGAUCACUGUGAACGGUAAGGAGAGUCCCUUCAUGGUUCCCGCUCAGCAGGGUCUGCUGCACCCUUGCAUGGCCUCCGCUACCUUAGGUGAGCCCAUCAGUGCCCUUGACCUUCCUGUCUUCCAGUUCCUCCAAUCAUAUUACUGUGUAGGAUUCUGCAAAGCCCCUUCAGACACCCCGUUCUGUGCCACAGUGGAACAGGCCGGCCUGGUGCCCUCUCGGUUUCUGUGUGGUUUUCCUCUCUCUCUCGUGGGUGUUGCUGUUGCUCGUUGCCUCUGUCGUUUUGACACCAAGUCCCACUUGCAUAUCUGGGCGUGGACAGAGGUGGAGAUGGAGCCGAGGACAGCUGUGGCUGCUGGCUCCGGUUACAACAUCCUCAUCACUGUCAUUGUUAUUAUUAUAGAAAAAUUGUAUGGUGACUUCUUGAGCUGGAAGCUGGAAGAAACCCUUGCUCAGUUCCCUUUGCAGCCUGGGAAGGUGGCCACGUUCACAAUCAACAUCAAAGUGAAGCUGGAUUUCUCCUGCCAGGAGAAUCUCCUGCAGGAUCUCAGUGAUGACGGAAUCAGUGUGAGCGGCUUUCCGCUGUCCAGCCCUUUUCGGCAGGUCGUUCGGCCCCGAGUGGAGGGCAAACCUGUGAACCCACCCGAGAGCAACAAAGCAGGCGACUACAGCCACGUGAAGACCCUGGAAGCUAUCCUGAAUUUCAAAUACUCUGGAGGCCCGGGCCACACUGAAGGAUAUUACAGGAACCUCUCCCUGGGGCUGCAUAUAGAAGUCGAGCCGUCUGUGUUUUUCACCCGAGUCAGUACUCUCCCAGCAACCAGUACCCGGCAGUGUCACCUGCUCCUGGACGUCUUCAACUCCACCGAGCAUGAGCUGACCAUCAGCACCAGGAGUAGCGAGGCGCUCAUCCUGCAUGCCGGCGAGUGCCAGCGAAUGGCUAUUCAAGUGGACAAGUUCAACUUUGAGAGUUUCCCAGAGUCCCCUGGGGAGAAGGGGCAAUUUGCAAACCCCAAGCAGCUGGAGGAAGAGCGGCGGGAAGCCCGAGGCCUGGAGAUCCACAGUAAGCUGGGCAUCUGCUGGAGAAUCCCCUCCCUGAAGCGCAGCGGCGAGGCGAGUGUGGAAGGACUCCUGAACCAGCUCGUCCUGGAGCACCUGCAGCUGGCGCCUCUGCAGUGGGAUGUGCUGGUGGAUGGACAGCUGUGUGACUGUGAGUCUGCGGCGGCCUGCCAGGUGGGCGACCCUGUGCGCCUGGAAGUGCGGCUGACCAACCGGAGCCCGCGCAGCGUAGGGCCCUUCGCCCUCACCGUGGUCCCCUUCCAGGACCACCAGAAUGGCGUGCACAACUACGACCUGCACGACACCAUCUCCUUCGUGGGCUCCAGCACCUUCUACCUCGACGCGGUACAGCCGUCUGGCCAGUCGGCCUGCCUCGGGGCCCUCCUCUUCCUCUACACGGGCGACUUCUUCCUCCACAUCCGGUUCCACGAGGACAGCACCAGCAAGGAGCUGCCACCUUCUUGGUUCUGCCUGCCCAGCGUGCACGUGCGCGCCCUGGAGGCGCAGGCCUGAGCCCGCCCACUUCCGUCCCUAUUUCUGCAGGGCCAGAGGUGAUCCAGCCUGGCCUCCCACACCCCCUGCGAUGAGCAAGGCCUUCACUGCAGCCCCGUCUCCUCCUCCUCCCCCAACCCCCACCCAGCCCUCUCCUCCCAUUCCUCCUGUAGCAUCUUUGCUGGGCUACGCAGAAGCCCCCAGACAUGGCAGCCCCACCCCGUGCCACACCGCUUCCCACACUGUUCCCUGGACUAUACACAGGCCAGAGCAGAGGACACCCCAGAGUGGGUGCUCAUUCAGCCCAGGUCCCAGGAUCCCUGCAUCCGUUUCUGUGACCUGGGGCCCCAGCCGUGCUGUGCUGCUCACCCCAGCAGAGGGACCUCCCUCAUCCAGCCACUUCCCUUUGGCCAUAGAAAGAAACGGUGAGCAUGAGGCUGGGCACAGCCUGAGGGCGUGGGCAGCUUCCCUCCCUCCCUGGGCCUUGGAAUCCCCCAAGGCUGGUUUUCUUCCUGGAGACCCCCAUGGGCAACUUGGCAGGACAGAUGAUGCCGUAGGUGGUCAUGGAUGGUUGACACCAAGAGAGGCCUUCCACCCAUGGUGGGCAAAUGUCCAGGCCUGGGCUGCCAGCCCAAGGCUGUUUCUGGGUGCUCCCUGGCCCCAGGGUGGUAUCUGGGUACCGUGGCUCUGUGUGUCCAUGUCUGCAAGCAGUUCUUCAAUAAAUGGCCUGCCUCCUCCUCCUCCCUGCCUCCCUGCAUCUGCUGGCCCAGUGCAGUCCAGGGCCCCCACCUAGCCCGUCAGUGGCUGGCUUCCCAGCAGAAGCAGACCCAGGAAGGGACAGGUUCUGAGUUAGAGAUCCUGCAUAAGCAAACCCUGAGACAGGAAUCUGGGCACCAGCAGCUUGUCUGGGAGGUGGAGGGGAGCCCCUCAGGGGAGGGAGAUCGCCAGUGAAGGAAUGUGACUGGGCCCGAGCUGCUGCCACAGUGGGCAGCUGGCCCUGCGUUCCUCAAGGAGAACAGGAGAGAGAAAGCACACGGCUCACAUCUCCCUUGAGGGCCAGAGCUGGGGGGUGUCUACACCACCCACAAGAGUCCUGGCCUGGGGGCAGGCUCCUGGCUGUGUUGACCCUUGGCUCUCCAGUUCCCGGGAAGGAUAAACAGCGCUUGGUCCCCAGCAGAUAUCAGGCUUUGUCAGGCAUCCACUGGGCACUGAAAGUCCCAUGGAGUAUUGGGGGACAGAGAGUAAGGCUUCCUCAAGGCCACUUGGCCGAACAGGCAGAACCAGAAAGUGGCUGCCCUGGCCCCCUAUGCGGCAGAGUCGUGUUGGCAUCAGGAGGCCUGCAGGGCUGAGGGAGCUUCGGGAGGACCUGAAGCCCCAGGCCCAAACCUCCCUCGCUGGGAGCAAGGUCACCCUGUGGCCUCCGGCCUGAGGAGCAGAUUUUUUGUUCCAUCUGUGUCCUCCUACUGUUGCCCAGUGAAUGAUGGGAGCACUGUGAUGCGGUGUGGGCUGGGGGCAUGUGGGGGCAGGUGUCCAGUGGUCCUCAGUCCCUGGAGCUCAUUCAGCAUCUGCUCGAGGCUCCCCAGGGAAGGCAGCCCCAGAAGGUCUGGCUGCAGUAGUGGGUGGGGACCUGAGGGCGGUCUCUUCAGCCCUUCCCUUCAGGAUGCAUCAGUGUAGUUGAGGGCCUGGCCACUUGGGCUGUUUCUGAAUGGAACAAACAGCAUCCAUGUAUGUCAACCUCAACAGAACCCAAAACUAUGCCAUUGAAUGAAACAGCACUUUGCAGGAUGAUGGGUGCAGCCCAACCCCACUUGUGUAGACAGUGUGCCCCCCAAAUUAUAAAUUUUAUAUGCCUCCGAGCGUGUCUAUAACAACGUGUUUAAAGGUAGAAAGGAUACACAUCCCCUGUAGAAGAGUGACCUCAACUGGGGUUGCAGUUGACAUCUCAUCUGAUGUCACAAUGAGGGUGCUGGUCACCAGGGACUUGAGUAACAUACUUUCCCUUCAAAAGCAGAAGAGAUCAAGAUACACGUACACACAUGCUACAGAUAUAGAUCCAGCCAUAGAUCCAGAUUAGAUAUAGAUGCAUAUAGAAGCCUAGAAAAGCCAAUAUGGAAAACUCUGCUAGGUCUGAUUCUGAGUGGCAAGCAUAUUGGUGACUGUAAUUCUUUUUUGCAGUUUUCUGUAUUUUUUAGUUUUCCAAAAUACAAAAAAUACCCACAACAGUUACCAGAGAAAAUGCUGGAUGCCACAAGAAGAAUGUCAAGGGGCAGGAGGCAAAGUUGUCUUCUUAGAGGAGGGAGUGUUAGAAAUAACCCAGGCCUCCUGGAAAAUGACCCAAAUACAGCCUGACUCUGCCAGCCCCAGGCCCUUCCCAAGCCCCAGGGCACCCUUUCUGUCCCAGUAGAGAAGGUGACCUGGAGUCAGGUCUUGUGUGUGCUCCAAGCAUUUGGAGCUUUACCAUGGGAUGUGGGGAGCCAGGGGUGUUGUUUGCUGGCAUUUCUGUGGCUGGGUCAUUCUGGCUGUGGAGCUGUGUUCGUGGGCAAUGGCUGAGAUGGAGGACCUGAGGCAGGUGUCUCAGUGACAGCGCAGUAUCCUCCAGCCUCUUCCAGGGCCCCAUGCUGCUGGCUACCUGGCAAUACGGUCCAGCGGUUGCUGCUUCUCUAGGACCCUGGUGCAUUCAGAAACCUCCUGAAGGUCAGCGGAGGGUAAACCAGGAAUAGACCAUGUCCACUUCACUUCACUAGCUGAGCGGGUUGGUUUUGCCCUUCUGAUCCUUGGUCCCUCAGGGCAGGACAGGCCUGCAGUGACCCCAUAAUCAUGCAACCGUCAUGCUCUGUCAUCUGAAAUUCACAAGGAAGGCAAGGAUUCAAAGGAAGAUGUCUGAGAAGCUGAAUUCCAGCUCAGCCACUUGCCAACUCCUUGACCUUGGACAAGUUACUUAAAUUAAGCCUUGAUUUUUUUCAUCUGAAUAAAUAGAGAUACAAAUACUUA